ACAUAUACAUGAAUUCACAUUUUCGUAAGGGGUGAUAGUGAAUUCCUCAGGAAGCAUGGCCAACCACUUCUCGCAAUACGCUAUUCUCGUUCUUCUUCUUCUCACAACACCAAGUGCUCUUAUGAUUACGGGGGCAAGUAGUGAAGUAUGCAACAAGAACGGUGGUGGUGUUGGGAAUAAUUGCUCAUCAUUGCAGCCGAAACGAUGUCAAGAAAAGUUGUUUAUGCCAAUGGUAGGAGGGUGUGAUAAACUAUGGUGUCACGAUAAUUGUGCUCUUAAGCACCCUGGCCAUCAACCUUACGGAAAAUGCUUUGGCCACUAUAUGUAUGUUUACUGCAACUGCACCUUCAACUGUUAACGUCGGUGGUGUUGUGAUCAAUAUUUACAUGAACUACAAACUAAUGUAUGAACUUGAUCACUUCUAAACUUAGACAAAUUAAAGUUUAAUUGUUAUUGAUUGGUAAUAAUGAAAGGUUUGAUCAGUUUCAAUAUA